UGAGAAUGAGUACUGAUUAAAGAGCAAAAGAUGGAAAAGUUUGGGAUGAGCUUUGGGGGUGGUCCAAGUAAAAAGGAAUUGCUUGACACCAUAGAAACACAGAAGAAGCAGUUAAUCCAAUAUAAGACCCGCCUUAAGGAUGUCGUGAGGGCAUACAAGAGUCUCCAGAGUGAAAAGGAGGCCUUAGAGGCAAGCCUGAAGGUCCUGACAGUGUCCCAAGAGGUAGAUUUAAACCAGCAGGAAAACAACCCUUCAUGUGUUGGAGCUGCGGCAGUGUUGGAUCGUCCCUCAAAUACUGAUCUUGUAGAUGACCACUGUUCUCUACAUAGUGAAGACAGUUUGGACACAGCUGCCUCUGCUGACACAGUAACCAGUGUGACUAGCAGUAGCACCAAGGGUGACCCUGGGGAAGAGGAUCAGAAUUAUACUGGAGAUGCUGGACCUGCAACGUCCUCUUUAUCCCAGCUGUCUGAAGAGGCAUGUGGGAGUGGCAUCAGUUCCAGCAGCAGUGUAGGUGUGGACCAGCAACAUCCACCACAGCCAUCCACCACGGCCACAUCUGCAGAGGCAGAUCGUCGGGUAAUCCAGCUGAAGACUCAGCUGUCCACCUUGACCAGCUCAUUGGCUACAGUCACUCAAGAAAAGUCUCGGAUGGAGGCUUCCUUCCAGGCAGACAAACGUAAGAUGAAGCAGGAGCUGGAAGAGAUGCAGACAGCAUCGGAAGAGAUGAAAAGGAAACAUGAAUCAGAGCUCCAGACUUUGCAAGAGCAGCUUGCUGAGUGCAAGGCCCGUGUCAUCACACAGCAACAUGAACGGGAACAGGAGCAGGGAGACCACGCCCUCAUGCUCAAGGAGCUUCAGAAGCUUCUGCAAGAGGAGAGGAGCCAUAGGCAAGAUGCUGAGCUCAAGCUGGAGGAUGCCAGGGAGGCCCUUGCAGAAACAAUGCAGGCUGCAGACAGAGGUCUGGAUUACGAGGCGCGUUUGAAAGAACUGAUGCAGGAACGGGAGGAGCUGAAGAAGAGCUUGCUGGCCGCGGAAGCUGAGAAGAGCAAGCCCGACCCACGUGUGGCAGAAUUACAACAAGAGAUGGCAGAACUCAAAGCUCACUUUCAGCAGCAGCUCCAGCAGGAGAUCCGAAAGGCAGCUCAGGCCGACGAACGCCUCCGAGAGCAGGCUCAGCUGGAGGAGGGCCGUGUGGCCAGUCUGGAAGAGAGAGUGUCUGAGUUGUCUGAGCUGCUAGGUGCUUGUGAGAAAGCCAGACAGAAGGACCAGCAGAAUGCUCAGAGACUGCGCGAACGCAUACUGCAGCUUGACACAGAGAACAAGACCCUGGCUAUCGCUGCUUCAGCAAGAGCCACACCAUCGGACCUCAUCAUUGAUGAAGCAAACCUUGAUGUGAACAUGCUUAAGGACAGGUUGGAGAAAAUAAAGAAACUUUUGCAGCUAGCAGCACACAGGUCCCAAGAUCAAUCUCUGGAGAUAGACAAGCUAGUUGGGGAAGAGACAGAACAAGGAAGUGAUGUCUCAGAUGGGGAGAAAGCCUCUGCGCUAUAUUACCAGCAAGAACUUCGACAGCUGAAGGAAGAAUUCGAACGCUACAAGGUACGGGCACAGGUGGUUCUGAAGAACAAGAAUGCUAAGGACGGAAACCAGGCCAAGGAACUGGAGGAGGCGCGAGACCAGCUAGCUGAGCUAAAGGAGAAGUACAUAAACCUGCGCAUCCAGUCAGAUGAGGCAGAGGCCACGUAUAAACAUGAACUGGAGGAACGACAGCAAGGUGUGUUGGCAAUGCAGCAAGCCCAUAAACAGGAACUAGAUAGGCUAGAAGUCCAACACAGAGACGAUUUCCUGCGAUUGGAGGAAGAGAUGCAUAAGCAGAGGGACCGCACCAUGGCCCUGCUAUCAGAGAAAGACCUGGAACUGGAGCGGCUCCGUGCCGCCACGUUGAUGAACUUUGGAGGUCACAGGGGAUACGGUACAGCCGACAUGACAACAGACAAAGGUGCUUCUUUGGUUAAUGAUGGAGAUCUUGACGGAGAUGAGUCUGCGCAGGAAGAGUGUGACAUUAUCGCGCAGGCUCUGAAGUUGGCAGGGCCUAAUGAACCAACAUUGCUUCUGUAUGCUGAACAGCUCGCGCGUAAAGAGGUGGAGAUUGGUGCCUUGCGCAAGCAGAAGCAUCGGUUAGAGGAGGACGUGCAUCAACUGCAAGGGAAGCUGAUUGCUAAUGGAGAAAGACAUGAUGAGGAAGUGGCUGAGCUCCGAGCCCAGCUGGACAAGCACAUUCGGGAUCAGGGUCGAGAUGGAGCCAAUCUAGAAUAUCUGAAAAACAUAAUCUACAAAUUCCUGACUCUACAGGACUCUAGGGGGCGUCAGCAGACCUUAACAGCCAUUCUCACAAUUCUACACUUCAGUCCUCAGGAGAAACAGGCUGUGAUCAAACAUCAAGCUCAGAGCUGGUGGAUGGCAGGGAUGAGGUAACAACAGAGAUGUGUCUGAUGGGUUUAGAAUAAAUCUCUCAUUUUUUUUAUCUUUGCUUAAAGGAAGUGUAAUUUAAUAGAUUUUACAGUGGUCUGUAUAUUUUCAGAGUUGUUUUCAGGGUGCAGGGUCCAGCUGGUUGCAGAUUACAGAUACAGACAGGUUUUGCUUUUUCUUUUUUCUUUUUUUUUACCUUGUUUUUCUUGACAUUUUGAGAAAGCGACCAUGGUAUCAUAUGGCAUUGUCAAUAAAU